GGAGGUGGGGCUUCUAACGCCAGACAGUCCGGCUGCUCUCGUCUGCUCGUGUCUGCGCUCGACCGGGCGAUCGCCUCGUCUGAUAACGAGGAGAAAUGAAAGAACAGGCUCCCUGCUGAGGAAGUGAGAUGAUAACAUAACGGCACCUCGACUUGAAAAAAACAAACCAACCCCACAUUCGCCUGUCGCUUCGUUCAGUGGACUGCAAUGCCGCCUCAGCGAGUGUUCGCCCUUCCGAGGCAGCAAUCCCUGCUCCUGCCUGCGGUCAUCAACCCGUUUGUUCAAGACACCAAACUAACCAAAUCUGCUAUACUUAAAUGUGUCUUCCUGGGAAUCUUCCUGGUCCCCGUUCGUGCCAUCCUUCUGUCCCUGGUUCUAAUGGUGACAUGGCCAGUGGCUGUCAUCAUAACCUUCAGGCAUCCCCUGAAAGGAGCCGUGGAACCAAUGACAGGCUGGAGACGGUUCAUGUGUCGGAAAGUGAUGGCUGCCUUGGGGAGAGCGUACUACUUUUGCAUGGGCUUCAGAGUGGUGGUCAAGGGCAAGCAGGUCAGCAGCAGCGAGGCCCCCAUCCUGGCUGUGGCCCCACACUCCACCUUUUUUGAUGGGAUUGUGUGCAUUGUUGCGGGCUUGCCCUCCACUGUCUCCCGUGUCGAGAACCUGGCUACACCCAUAUUUGGCAGGUUUGUGCGCUGUCUUCAGCCAGUGCUGGUGUCCAGAAAAGACCCAGAUUCCAGGAAGAAUACAAUCCAAGAGAUUGACAGCAGAGCCAAGUCAGGAGGCCACUGGCCCCAGGUUCUUAUAUUUCCAGAGGGAACAUGUACAAAUCGGUCAUGUCUUAUCACUUUCAAACAAGGUGCCUUUAUCCCAGGGGUCCCUGUGCAGCCUGUGCUUAUUAGAUAUCCCAACACACUGGACACAGUGACUUGGACUUGGCAGGGUUUCACCUCGAGGACACUGCUGCUGCUGACUCUGUGCCAGCUGUACACCACAGUAGAGAUAGAGUUCUUGCCGCCACAUAUCCCUACAGAGGAGGAGAAAAGAACCCCAGUUCUGUUUGCCAGCAGAGUGCGUGAUACUAUGGCCCAGGCUUUGGGAGUUCCAGUAACAGACCACACAUAUGAAGACUGCCGUCUGAUGAUCUCAGCUGGCGAGCUAACACUGCCCAUGGAGGCCGGCCUGGUUGAGUUCACCAAAAUUAGCCGUAAACUCAAUCUGAAGUGGGACAAUUUGAGGAAAGAGCUGGAGAGUUUCGCAGCCAUGGCCAGCUCGUGUAAAGGGGGUCGAAUCACCAUCGAGGAGUUCGCCAGAUUCCUAAAGCUACCUGUCAACCCAGCCCUCGAGGAGCUAUUUGCACUGUUUGACAGAAAUGGAGAUGGCACCGUUGACUUCAGAGAGUAUGUCAUUGGCGUGACCAUCUUGUGUCGACCAGCUAACACUGAAGAUGUUCUUCGAAUGGCUUUCCAGCUGUUUGAUACAGAUGAGGAUGAAAGAAUCACACGAGAGGAGUUUACUGCUUUGUUGCGCUCAGCUCUGGGUGUGUCAGAUUUAAACAUGGCCAAGCUCUUCAAGGAGAUUGAUGCUGACGGCUCUGGUUUCAUCACCUUCAGUGAAUUUCAAGGCUUUGCCAUGACCCACCCGGAGUACGCCAAGCUGUUCACCACUUACCUGGAGCUUCAGAGGUACCAAGCGAUCCGGGAGGCGAGGCCAGGUGAUCUUGAGUUGGCUGGUCAGAUGAGUUCAGGGGAACAACAGGAAGAAAGCACCUCUGACAAAAAAGAUGACUGAGACUGGGGAUGAUCCCAGACUCCCUUUGCCACUGCACUGAGAAUAAAAAUUUUAAAGAUUCAUCUACCCCUAGCAAAUUUGAAUCAUUUGCCACAGCAGAGCCAUAUUUUAGGUUAUGUGAUUGCCUUUUUUAGAUGUUUUUAGAGUGCUUCUAUUUUCAAGUUUAGUGCCUUAUAGAGAUUUUGAAGAACCACUUCACCCAAGCUACUGCACAAGAAAUGUCUUCUUUUAAUCCUUUCAUGUUUUGUGUGUUUUGGUCAUGUGUCCAAAUAAAAAAGCAAAUAAAAGGCUAGUCAGAGGAUGAAACUAUGUCACAAAACUUCUGUGGACACUGUUUAGUGUUUUAACUGUCUAAGCUCUGCAUAUGUCAGAGAGUCAGAGUUCUCAUGUUAGUAACAGUAUUUUAUGAUGUGCUUCAAUAUCUUUUUUCCAAAUUAAACUGCCUCUCGACUUGGAUACAUCAUUCUGUGUACCAGGAGUUUGACCUUACUUGGACUUAGAUGAACGUAGCUUUGUGUACCUUCUCCUUUGUCUUUGUGAUCCUCUGUAAAUGAGUGAAAAAUUGCCAAACCAACACCUUUUUAAAUAUAAGCAAAGAGUCCUCAUGCUUCUGUGUGUAAUUAGUGUACAGUAAGCUUUAUUAAGAUCUUUCCAAGCUGGCAACCCACAUAUGUCCUGUAUUAAAGUUCUAUCUACGAAGAGCA